UCAGCUGAACAGAGAAGCAUCGCAGUCUAGCUUCAAUCGUUGUUUCGAUUAUAUCAAAACAUCGUUUCUCAUCUUAGAGGAGUUCAAGUACUUCGACAAACGAACCAAAGCAAAUCGUACUAAGUCGUUAGUUUCCUUUUAACAAAUUUGCAUUUUCAACUAAGCCUGAACAAAAUGAAUGCCAUCAAUGUUGCUCUCGUCGUUUUGUGCGCCGCCUACGUUUCUGCCGGAGAUGUAGAGACCACACACUCAGAAGUUUCUAGACCAGUACCCAUUCCAGUUUACGAAAAAAUCGGAGUACCAAUUCCACAUCCAGUCCCAGUUCCAGUACCAAAUUACGUGAAAAUUGCAAUUCCACACCCAGUUCCCGUUCACGUUAACGUCGAGCAACCCGUUCACAUUCCAAUCUACAAGGUCGUUCCAGAAGUCAUCGAGAAGAAGAUCCCUUACCACGUCGAAAAACCAUACCCAGUUGAAGUUGAAAAACCAUACCCAGUUGAAGUUGUGAAGAAGAUUGAAAUCCCAGUCCCAAAACCAUACCCAGUCCCAUACACCAUCUACAAACAUGUCUUGCAAAAGGAACACCACCACGGAUGGCAUUAGAUUUUGUCCACUAGUUGAAGAUCGACAAACCUCACCUGUUUGUUAAAAGGUUCUACAAUCUUUUGUUGUUAAAACUCUUUGUUGCCUAAUUUUAGGAUUCUCUGUAGAUAAUUAUGUUAAAUUAAAAAAUCACAAUUGAAAAAAUAACUGACUUCUCUA